CAAAACCAACAUACUUAGAAGAAGACGAGGUGGAAUAGUUGAAUUACAAGACUCAUCCAUAUAUCAUUUUUCGGACUGCACUAACAACACUUAUUUUCCGUCAGAGUUUCAAAUGGUGAGGAGGGUGGCAUCGCUUUUGGGGCGCAUUUUAUGCAUUUCCUCGUCAGUUCGGUCGCCAGAACCCCUUUUCUGACAUCAGAGCACGUAGUUCUUUUUUUCCCCUGACAUCUAGCAACUUGCAUAAUCUCAAAAAAAAAAAAAAAAAAAAAACGGUAGGAAUCAACUGGAGUCGAUUUCUGGUUUUCCGAAUAUUGGGGGUGAGCAGCGACGCGCAAUGGAUUGUUGCGACUAAAUUAUAACCAUAGGUAUCAUUUCUUUCCGCCGAACUGUUGAGCGAACUGUACAGCUCCAGCGUUUUAAACUGAUGAUAAAGCGGAAUCAUUUACAUUCUUGCAACCCCGCUUCCUUUAACGGUAGAAUGCAGGACUUGUUUUGCAUCCAAAUCCACACUUGGUAUUUCAUCAUUUUUACUUCGGUUUUGCUGGAAGAAUUCAUUCUUUAGCGCAUCGACGAUUUUGAGAUGCAUCAAAAGAGCUCAAUAACCUUUGGAUUGUAUGAUACAAUAUAUGUUUUAAACAAGUGGAGCCUGACACGGAGAGAAGCUCAGACUGAAAUUUGAACCUGACUGAAUGGGUAUAGUCCCUCUCUUGGCGCUCCCAAUGUCCGGUGUCAUCUGAAAAGAAGGAGAUAUUAACAUUGCCGGUUACUAAAUGGUUUACUGGGGGAUUUUAAAAAGGCAAAAUGCUGCUGCUCGUUCUGUUGGCCUUGUCCAUAUUGAGUUCAUUUUCUGACUCGGAUUCAGACCUCAGAGCUGAGACCUGCAGCGCUUGCUCGUGCAUGUCCAUCGAGAACGUCCUCUAUGUGAACUGUGAGAAAAUAACUGUAUACCGACCUACGCAGCUGAAGCCACCAGUAUCCAGCCUCUACCAUUUGAAUUUCCAGAACAACCUUUUGUACAUCCUUUACCCCAACUCCUUUCUGAAUUUUACACACGCAGUCUCACUCCAGCUGGGGAACAACAAACUCCAAAACAUUGAGGGAGGUGCCUUCAUGGGGCUUACUGCAUUAAAACAGUUGCACUUAAAUAACAACGAGUUAAAAGAGCUCAGUUUUGAAACUUUUCGGGGGAUCGAGAUCUUGGAAUACCUCCAGGCUGACUACAAUUUAAUCAAGUUUAUCGAAAAAGGAGCAUUCAACAAAUUACAUAAACUCAAGGUUCUCAUUUUAAAUGACAAUCUUAUUCAAAGCCUACCCGAGAACAUUUUUCGAUUUGCCUCCCUUACUCACUUGGAUAUACGUGGGAAUAGGAUACAGAAGCUUCCUUAUAUUGGAGUUUUGGAGCACAUUGGGAGGAUUGUGGAAUUGCAGUUGGAUGACAACCCGUGGAAUUGCACUUGUGAUUUGUUACCUUUGAAAGCCUGGUUGGAGAAUAUGCCCUAUAACAUUUUCAUUGGGGAGGCUAUAUGUGAGACCCCAAGUGAUUUGUACGGCCGACUCUUGAAAGAGACCAAUAAACAGGAACUGUGCCCCAUGGGAACAGGCAGUGACUUUGAUGUACGGAUGCCCCCCUCCCAGCCUGAGGGUGGGCUAACCAUUUCUAAUGUGGCACCUUCAACCAUAGCACCUUUCAUUACCAAAGCACCCAAAACAACUAAUCUCUCCAAAAUUUAUGGAAAUGGGAUUGUUGCUGGUAUUCCAGCUGGUAAAAAUGGCCAAAUUGUGUCCUACCAAACCCGGAUCCCUCCCCUCUCCUGUCCUCAGCCCUGUACAUGCAAAGCUCACCCUUCAGACUUUGGCAUUAGUGUCAGCUGUCAAGAAAGAAAUAUACAGAGUCUGACAGAUCUCAUACCUAAACCACCAAAUGCCAAGAAAUUGCACCUUAGUGGUAAUUAUAUCAGAGAUAUCCAUCCCACCGACUUUCAAGGUUUUGAGGGUUUAGAUUUAUUACAUUUGGGCAGUAAUCAAAUCUACACGGUCCAAAAAGGUGUGUUUGCAAACCUGACCAACCUCCGAAGGUUAUACCUUAAUGGAAAUCAGCUUGAACAGCUGCACCCUGAAAUGUUUAUUGGUCUUAGUAACCUCCAAUAUCUCUAUUUGGAGUACAAUGCCAUAAAGGAGGUGUUAGCCGGGACAUUUGACACUAUGCCAAAUUUGCAGCUCUUAUAUCUGAAUAACAAUGUGCUCAGAAGCCUUCCUGCAUACAUCUUUGCAGGCUUUUCUCUUGCCAGAUUGAAUCUAAAGAACAACCACUUCAUGACUCUGCCUGUGAGUGGCGUCCUAGACCAGCUCAAAUCUCUCACUCAAAUAGACCUUGAUGGCAACCCUUGGGAAUGCUCCUGUGAUUUAGUGGCUUUGAAACUGUGGCUUGAAAAACUGAAUGAAGGGGUCGCUGCCAAGGGGGUCAAGUGUGCAUCUCCAGUGCAGUUCUCCAAUAUUGAGCUGAGAGAGCUGAAAAAUGAGAUCAUGUGCCCUAAGCUCAUAGCUAGGCCUCGUUUUAUCCUGACUAGUGCUACCCCUAUUCUCACAUCACUUUACCCUGCUGGAGUUGGCAAGGCGCCUCCCAGUGGCCCUGUACCACUGUCUAUUAUGAUCUUGAGCAUUCUGGUGGUUCUGAUCCUCACUGUCUUUGUGGCCUUCUGCCUGCUUGUCUUUGUGUUGAGACGCAAAAAAAAGCCUGCAGGAAGACAGGAAGGACUUGGCAACCAGGAGUGUGGCUCGAUGCCUCUCCAGAUUAGAAGACACAAUCACAAAUCAAACAAGGAUGACCUGGGCGGAGAGACCUUCAUCCCACAGACCAUCGAGCACAUGAGCAAAGCUCACACCUGUGGAAUUAGAGACUCAGAGCCCGGCUUCAAAUUUAUAGAUUCUGAGAGACAGAAAAUGAUGUUACGCAACAGCGCAGACAAAGACGAUGACUCUCUACCCCUGGACCCUAGGAAGAGAUUAAGCACCAUCGAUGAGCUAGACGAGUUCUUACCGGGACGAGACAACAUGUACCUCCACAACUACUUGGAGAGCAAAAAGGAUUUCAACAGUAUAGGGGUGAGUGGCUUUGAGAUCCGUUACCCCGAGAAACCACAUGACAAAAAAAUGAAAAAAUCAUUGAUAGGGGGCAACCACAGUAAGAUAGUGAUUGAGCAGCGUAAAAGUGAUUAUUAUGAACUAAAGGCAAAAAUGGGGACCCCAGACUACCUUCAAGUACUAGAAGAACAUACAGCUGUCAGUAAAUUCUAGACACCAUCUUCAUUCGCCCCUUAAUGACAAAAGUGCCUUAUGACAAAUCUUAAUGAACAAUGGAAUACUGGACACAUUUCAUUACCCAAAACAAAGCUUCUUCAGAAUCGGUGGCUGUUAACAUUACAUAACCUUUUUUUUUAUGUUGUGAUGCCAUUAAGCAUUAAGAAUCACAUGUGUCAUUUUAAGAUAAUAUAUCAUUACAAACAGUUGUAGUUUGCUGCUAUAUGCAUUUGGGUUCCAUCAAAUUCCACUGAACUUUGUUUUUACCAAAUGAUUGGGUCAUGAAACAGUAUUGAGUGUAUUUCAUAUUGACUCCCCCUCCUCUUCAUUGUUUUUGGUUGGAAGUAUUUUUAGGAAUCAUGGGAUGCCAAAAUCAAAUGGAGAGGAAGAAUUGGAAGUUGGCUCAUGCUUGAAAGUGGUGGAAUACCCCAGACUCCCCUCUAUUGGAUUGUAUUUUGGCACUUUUGGGGGCCUUGAAACUCAUGGAUUUGAUUAUAACUGAAGGUACUGGCAGCCAACAUCCAUACAUUUUGGAUUAUUCCAAUUACCUGUAAAGAGUAAUUUGAUAUUGUUCUACUGAGAUGUAAUUCUUCUUGAAGUGUUUGGGUAUGGCACAUGACAGGACAUUGAUUAACUCAAGAGAAACUAAACAGCUGCUUGCCGUGUAAGCGUAUCUGGAUUUAUUUUAUAAGUCAACAUUAUUUGUAUUUGUGAGGCAGUUGUGUAAAUUACAACAGUCAACAAUUAUAUUCAACAAACUCAUCAAGAAAAAAAAAAAGGAAAAUAUGAAAAAAAAAAAAAACAUCGAUGACCACUGUCACCUGUCAAUUCGUAGUUAAACUUCAUAUUUAAUUUAUUUUUCUAUGGAGGAUUAUUUAAAGACUAUUGGUACUAUUUAACAAUUUCAAGGGACAUUUCGAAUGCUAUAAGAGUCUAAAAUUCUAUUCUGACCUGAGUUAAAUUCUGAAUUUUACUGAUGGCCUGACUGGCAGAGGCAUAGAGAUAAUGGCAAUGUAAUUUUCACCAUCAUGUUGCAUGAGGUGAGGCCUCAUAGUGUAUCAAGUUUAACAGUUUGCUUAUUCUUAUAUCCCAGAGCAACUUGUAAAAGGUUUCUUAUUAGCAAUAUGCAACCAAAUAAGUGUGCAUUAACGUGAUGUGAUUCUGGAUAGUUCAAAUGUACCAAGGAAAUUUAGAACUAAUUAGCACUAAUACACUUGGUAAUUUAUUGGAUUUGCUGAGAGUAUUGUGUUAUCAACACAACCGUGAGACCUUGUAACUCUCCCUAUGAAAAAGCUACAGAUUUGGUCAGAAUCAUAUCACAUUACAUGUGCAAUAUUAUUAUGCUCAAUAAUAUUAGCUUGAAAUCUUUAUUUUGUUUAUCAGUUCAAGUUAAUAUUACAUAGAGAGCUUUUUUUCUUUUCUUUUUUUUGGAGAAAAAGCUUAAUUAUGUUCAGUCUUUAUUUAAAAUUUUAAGUUAAUGAUUGUUUAUAAUAGAAUGUACCAUGAGAGAUAAAAUAAAUACAAUUUUAUAUCAAUCAUUAUGAGAAAUCUGUAUAUGGUUAAUUUCAGUGUGCAAUCCUGUUGAGGUAAAGGUAUUACAAUUUGAUCUAAUUUGCUCUGUCUUUCCUUUCUAUCUGCCUUUUUUUCUGUUUACAAAAGUGUUAUCAUGUUUUGUUGAACGCUAAAGUUGCUUUUCAAAUAAAAAGCC